GCCAUCUUCUUUCUGGCAGCGUAGAGCCUUCCCACCACUACACCUUUCACCUAAUUCCCUUUUGCCUCUCACUCGUUCUCGAGGCUCAUUCUUCCACUCGUUUCCCGUUUCCUCUUCCCAACAACACCCACCCACCCACCGUCGACACGAACCGCAUUCUUGACAUUCGAAAGAAUAUUUCUCACCACCUCCCCAAUCACACCACCAUUACACGCACCAUGAAGGGAGCCAUUGCACUCGCAGCGGCUUCGUUCGCACUGGCCAACGCUGCCAGUGCACCAAACAAGCUUGUGGCUCGCGCGUCAAAAAGCAGCUCUGGAAGCUUGCCAGCAGUGACCGUGAAGGGCAAUGCCUUCUUCGCCGGUGACCAGCGCUUUUACAUUCGUGGCGUGGACUACCAGCCAGGUGGUUCUUCUGGAGCCACGGACCCAAUUGCAGACACCGACACCUGCCAGAGAGAUAUUGCCGAGUUCAAGAAGUUGGGUGUCAACACCAUUCGUGUUUACACUGUUGACAACACCGCAAACCAUGACACGUGCAUGAGCGCGUUGGCAGAUGCUGGCAUCUACCUCGCCUUGGACGUCAACUCACCAAAGUACUCGAUCAACCGAGACAAGCCAGCAGCAUCGUACAACCCCACGUACCUGCAAUCAGUUUUCGCCACGAUUGAUGCUUUCGCCAAGUACGACAACACUCUUCUUUUCUUCUCUGGAAACGAGGUUAUCAAUGCCGAUAACAACACCAACUGCGCUCCUUACAUCAAGGCCGUCACUCGCGACAUGAAGCAAUAUAUUGGUAGCAUGGGCUACCGUGCCAUUCCUGUUGGUUAUUCUGCUGCUGAUGUGGAAAGCAACCGAUACGACAUGGCACAGUACAUGAAUUGCGGAACCGAUGAUCAGCGCAGUGACUUUUAUGCAUUCAACGACUACUCUUGGUGUGACCCAUCUUCCUUCACUACAUCUGGAUGGAGUCAAAAGGUCGAGCAAUACGGCAACUACAGCAUCCCACUAUUCCUGUCUGAAUACGGAUGCAUCACCAACCAGAGAAAGUUUGAGGAAGUCGCCGCUCUGUAUAGCGACAAGAUGACCAGCGUCUACUCCGGCGGUCUCGUGUACGAGUACUCGGAGGAGGGUAGUGGGUACGGUCUUGUAAAGAUUUCUGGCAACAGUGUCUCGGAGACCGACGACUUCACCGCACUCGCCGAUGCAUUCAGCAAGACUCCUGCACCAUCUGGUGACGGUGGCUACCAGUCCAACCUUGCCAAGUCAGAGUGCCCAUCUCAGAGCAAGACCUGGGAAGUUGAGGACUUCACUGGCCAGGAUCUGCCAGCCAUUCCAGAAGAAGCCGCGAAGUACAUGACGAGCGGUGCAGGCAAAGGACCAGGUCUCUCUGGCCCUGGUUCACAAGACGCUGGUGGCGCCUCUACUGGUACUGCUACUCCCGGAUCAGGAAGCGUCACCGCCACUGCGUCUGCCGCGGCUUCAUCAUCCGGUGCCGCUAGUUCGCUCAUCAUGGGUGAAGUCGGCAUGGCACCCUUCCUCUGCACUGGUGUUGUCAUGAUGUGCACCUUGUUGGGCGCUGGUUUGAUGAUGUAAGGAGUCGUAGAUUAAUAUACGUGUGUGUAUAAUGGAGCGACCGAAUUCUCUGUGUCUCUUGGAGUUGUAUGGUGACAAAGGAAGGCACAAGUUAUGAUGGGUUGGAUUUGUAGUAUCCGAAAGCAAGGUGUUUGAUAAUGCUAUUCACUAUUCACGUUGUCUCUCUUGAAGCAUGAUGCUGUCUUGCUAUCAUCAAUCAGUUCCAGUGGUGUCGUGAGUUCCAUGUUCAUGUAUGCAGGAAUGCUUUUGUCUGUACAAAGCUCAUUAUAUAUAAUCCAUCUUUAACAUCAUCAUCAUCAUCAUCACACCCUCGCCUUGAGAGGCGCCAACUCAAAGGUAUGCCAGAAAUCUCUCGAGUCGUAACAUCUUCCGAGAACUUCCAUACUUCUGGGCAAAGCCAAUACAUUCUCCUCCCACAUUAAUUCGGAUACCCAUUUGGCCUGUUUACUUGGCUGUUUCUCUCUCUCCUCCUCCUCCCCAUUCGUCUCUCCUUGCUGCUGCUGCUGCUGCUGCUUCUGCUCUUCUUCCUGAUCCGCCCAUCCCACAAACAACUCCCACCAAUCAUAGACCAAGCCAUCCGUCAGCAUCCACCUCUGACCCCUCGCACGAUCCCAUUUCCCCAACACGGCCAGCACGCCUCUCGCCACAUCCACUCCAUGCACGAGAUGUAAAGAUUUCUUAUUUCGUACAUCAUCCUUUUGCGGAGCCACUCGAUUGACCCAUUUGCGCGGAUUCCGCUCUUUGCCACCGUGCAAACCUGCGAGAUUGAGAACGCUGCCGCCGAGUCGGAGGAGUUCGUCUUCGGCUUGGGCGCGCUUGUUCGACGUGUCGUAGGGCGAGGCGCGGGUGGUCCAGAUGGAGGGUUGAGGAAUUCCUUGCCAGAUUCCUGUGGAGCCGAGUUGGAUGAAGUGGGGUUGUGAUGGUGGGGAGGAGGAGGAGGAGGAGUGGUGGGCUUUGGUGUAGCCGGUUACGAGGAGGGAGGUUUGGGAGGUGGAGGUUAGAGGGAAAGUGAUUAGGACGGAUUUUGC